AUGUCCCCAGAUAUCGAAAAAGCCAGAGAGCGCAUCUCCCGCUACUCCAACCAGGAACGACUCCACGAGACCAAGCUGAAAGCAACACUAGACGCAUCUCUCCAAUGGCUACCAAACGGCGGGAAAGAAGCCCUCGCUAGUGAAAUCCUAGACGCAACGACUGAUGAUAGGCUUCACGAGAUCUUCUUCAAUAUUCUCACGAUCCUAGUCUGGCCAGCCAUACUCCAGUCAGAAGCAAGCGAAGUCAAAACAUCCCCAGACCAGCUUAGUCCUUUGGGAAAUCACCAGCAAGGCACAGAGGAAGAUUGCCUGAAGCGUGAUGGCUCCUGCUGCGUCGUUACAGGGGCUAUGGAUGUAGAAACGUAUUCCGACAAAGGCAGACCAGAGGGCUUGGUUAGUACCCAUGUGCAGAUAGCGCACAUCAUGCCGUAUCUCAUUUCCUACUGGAACCAAUCUGCAAUGAUGACCACUGUCUGGAAUACCCUAUGCCGCUACUUCCCUGCCAUUCACCAAGCCCGAAUGAAAGCCGGUUGCGCCAAUGCCCUAGUCAACAGCCUAUCAAAUAGCUUCUUGAUGGAUAUUCCAACGAAUCUAGUAUUCAGUCGUUUCGCUCUCGCUUUCGAAGAAACCGACCGCCCAAACGUCUACAAAACCGUACGAUUCAGAGCGUGUCCAACUAGCCUACUGAUACCCGAUGAGAUCGAGUUCAAGCCAAUAGCGGCGUCUGGUUCAGAACAUCUGGAACUACCCAGCAAGGAUCUCCUCGAUUGCCACUACCGUCUCGCACAGAUCCUCAACGCCUGUGGUGAUGAUAUGGCUUUCUUACCUGGUAAAUACCGGGAUCAUUGGAAGUACCAGAUCAGGUGGUAUGUCCAGUCAAUGCUCGAUGGGGAUGCUGAUCUUAGUGGAUAUUUGAAGACUGCGCUAUUGGGGCGGGCGGUAGAGGGUGAUAGUAGUUGA